GGUGUAAAAGGCUCUUCAAACCAAUUUCACGCGGUCUCUCUCCGUCUCCGUCUCCGUCUCCGUCUCUGGAAACAGAUCAUAGUAUAAAUACGCACCCAAACCGAAAUCAGCGAGGAGAAAACAAAGCAGCGAAUUUAAUUCCCAACCGAGGCUCCGAGAUCUCGAUCUGUCCGAUUCAUCUCCGGCGAGAUCUCGACCUAGAUCCAUGGCUCCCGUCUCCGCUCUCGCCAAGUACAAGCUCGUCUUCCUCGGCGACCAGUCCGUCGGCAAAACCAGCAUCAUCACUCGCUUCAUGUACGACAAGUUCGACAACACCUAUCAGGCUACCAUCGGCAUUGAUUUUCUGUCAAAGACAAUGUACCUUGAAGAUCGAACUGUUCGAUUGCAGCUCUGGGAUACUGCUGGGCAGGAAAGAUUCAGGAGUCUGAUUCCAAGUUAUAUCCGGGAUUCCUCUGUGGCGGUCAUUGUAUAUGAUGUUGCCAAUAGCCAAGAAGCAAUCCCAUCCAAAAAUGAAAUUGUGAUGGACCCAACACUAUUGAUUAAACUUGGCCGCUGGCAAUGGUGGUUUUUGGUGGCAAUCAACAUAUUCUUCCUCCUUGUGGGGCAGGCUGCUGCUGUGUUACUCGGAAGAUUUUAUUAUGACCAGGGUGGUAACAGUAAGUGGAUGGCUACUCUUGUGCAAACCGCAGCUUUUCCGGUUCUAGUUAUCCCACUUUAUUUUCUUCCAUCACAAAAAGAUCAAUCAACUUCUUCAACUUCAUCUUCCCCUAAAGUUCUUGCAUUGAUUUACUUCUUUCUUGGACUGGUCAUUGCUGGUGACAACUGGUUGUAUUCAACUGGACUCUUGUACCUAUCUGCCUCUACAUACUCCAUCAUUUCUUCAACUCAAUUAGCUUUCAAUGCAGUCUUCUCGUACUUCAUCAAUUCUCAGAAGUUCAGUGCAUUGAUUUUCAAUUCAGUGAUUGUCCUGUCAUUGUCCGUGGCUCUUAUUGGUGUGAACGACGACUCUGAUGGACCUGCAGGGGUAUCAACGCAGAAACAUAUAAUUGGCUUUAUAUGUACCCUUGCUGCUUCUGCAAUUUACUCCCUUCUACUUUCCCUCAUGCAACUUACUUUCCAGAAGGUUCUGAAAAAGGAAACUUUCUCUGUGGUUUUGCAAAUGCAAAUUUUCACAGCACUUGUUGCAAGUUGUGCUUCACUUGUGGGUCUUUUUGCCAGUGGGGAAUGGAAGACUUUACAUGGAGAAAUGGAAAGUUUUGGCAAGGGAAGAGUUUCAUAUGUGAUGACUUUGGUGGGGACAGCUGUUUCUUGGCAAGUUUGUUCUGUUGGUGUGGUGGGUUUAAUUUUUGUGGUGUCUUCCCUAUUCUCAAACGUAAUUAGUACUCUUUCAUUGGCUGUUACUCCUAUAGCUGCUGUGAUAGCUUUCCAUGACAAGAUGAAUGGUGUGAAGGUAAUCGCUAUGCUAAUGGCUAUCUGGGGUUCUGCUUCUUACAUUUAUCAAAACUACCUUGAUGAUGCAAAGGCAAGAAGAGCAGUGGCUGAUGUUAGUGAAUCACACACUGCGUGAGUCCUCAUUUUAAAUAUUUGAUAGAAGCUUCUUGAUAGAAAUUCAUUGAGAACAUUUUUCUUUUCUUUUCUAAGUACAAAUGCUGUGAUGAGCUUUGUUUGAUACCAUUUUUUAGCAUACUGUUUGUACUUGUAUUGGUUGGAAGAGUGAAUUAUGUCACUGAUAUCGCUAUAGUAGUUUUUCUAGUC